AGCAAUGACAAUACAAUGAGAAAUUUUUUGCACGAAUUUCAGUCAAAAGUCGAAUUAAAUUUAAAGAAAAAUUCAAAAGAUUACAGAAAAAUUUAUACGGGCACGCUCUCCAGGACAUCCGUGCGAAGCAUAGGCAAUCAUUGCAUUGGCGAAACCUUAAGCGACAAUAUGAUUGACAUUGUAGGCCGGGAAGUGCGUGAGAAUAUCAACAAGAUUCUAGAAGAGGCUGUUAAACAUGCAAGAAGAUCACGUUCUUCGACAGUUCAGCUCGAGCAUUUGCAGUAUGCAAUGCAGGAACACGGCGUCAACUUGGAUCUGUUGCAUAUUGAUUACCGCUUACCAGAAGUCGAAGUAACAGUGCAAAAUGCACCGACACGUCCACGUAAGAGAUAUCAGCAGCCGAAAAAGAAGUGGACAAGAAUUAUUAGAGCAAUGGAGUCCUUGUCUCUGGCUAACAGAAGGAAGUUGGCUCCAAGAGGCGUUUCUAAGCCGUGGGUAAAACGUGAGCAAGUGCAGCUGAUGUCCAACAGAAAGUUUCCUCUGUCCAAGGAGCAACAAAAGUAUUAUGUCCUGAUCACGGAAAGUAUCAUGGGCACCUCGGAGACAUUAAGGAGAGAGGCGCUUCGAAGCGUUAACACCGACUCUUCUCUGCAGCCAAUGCUGUCCAAGUUGUGUCUCUUCAUUGCCGAAGGUAUUAAGCUGAAUGUGUUGCAACAUAACGUUUCCCUGUUGUUCUAUUUGCUGCGCUUGGUGCACAGUCUGCUCGGCAAUACCAGCUUAAGAUUAAAUAAUUAUUUACACCUGUUGAUACCCUCCGUUAUCUCCUGCAUUGUGGCGCGCCAAGUUUGUACAUUUCCGACUGUUCAAAAUCAUUGGGCGUUGCGGGAAUACGCGUGCAACAUUGCGGCCGAGUUCGUGAAGACCUACAAUAACAACGAGAACGGCAUUUUAACACGAAUUAUCAAUUUAUUCAAAGAUGGGCUUCAAGCGCCGUCUCUAACAACUGUUUAUGGCUCCAUUAUUGGGCUCCAAAAAAUGGGAAAGUUUCCAAUUUGCGAGUACGUCAUACCACAAAUCGCUGCUAUCGCUGAUCGAAUUGCACCAUACUUAACAGAAAGCAGCAGCGAUAAUCUUUUAAAUAAACAGGCUGCCACAUUUAUACGCUACAGAAUACUGAAAAUGUGCGCCCCAAUUCUUAAAACUACACAAAGACCACCCGAUCAACUGGAAGAAUAUAUCCGACGAUAUCGUUUUCUAGGUGAUUCGUUAUGCGAUGCCGUUGUAAUCGAACGUAUUCUAUGUGAUGCUUUUAAGCAGGCCACUGAAUAUGUAAACUGUCAAUGUAAUGAAUAAAAAUAUACUCGCUUUUAUAA